ACAAAGAGAAGUUUAGGUCCAGUCAACCAUUCGUAUUUUCCGUCAAGUAAACCGCCGGUUUCCGUGAUGUUUUGAAAUAUUUCUACUAUAUCAAAUACAAGCCAUAUAAAUACAGAUAUCAUUUUGAAUUGUCCAUUCAUUAAAAGAAAUUUUCCUAGAGAUUAUGGCUUCUUUUAAAUUCCUGUUGUUCCUAGGCAUUGUGGGGUAUUGCUGUGCUGCACCUGCGGUGAAUUGGGAUGAAGUGAGUAGAAAAAUCAAUGAAAUAGGGAACAAGGUUCAAACUGCGGCAAGAGGUGCAUGUGGAUUUAUUAACUCAAUACCCGGAGGCCAACCCUCUCCAUUUAACCCCCAAGGGUUUAAUACAGGAUUUAGAGGAUUUCAACCAUCUUACUUUCCACAGUCCCCAGGAUUUGCAGCAGGUAGAGGUUUUCCACAAUUUCCUGCAGGUAGAGGCUUCCCACAAUCACCAGGAUUUCCAUCCUACUAUCCUCCAUCAUAUUACCCGAAUCGGUUUCCUGGUCGAGCUCCAAACUCUCCUCCAGCUUCUCCUCAAACUCCAAACUCCGUUCCUCCUUCAAGCUCGGGUGGAAUUAGACCAAAUGGAAUGCCACCAGUACCACAAAUACCAGCUACCUUACCUCCAUCUCUUCUUCCCUCAACAGUGGCUCCUCCAGACACUCAAACAUCUUUUGAACAAAAUGACUUAAACGUCGGUAAUGUCGGUAAUGAAGUUCCAGCAUUUAUACCUCCUUCUACUGAUGAUAAUGAUGUUACAGGGAACCUUAUCACUAGCAGACGCUUAAGAAAUGCCUUUAGUAAUAAAUAUGUUAACUGGAGAAAAUAAAUUUUGUUUAAUUUUAUUGUAUGGUUCUAUGUAAUAGUUAUGUUCGUUUUGGAACAAAUAAAAGGUAUUAAAAUA